UGGGGCUUUAAGUCGUUGAUUAGGACAGCAGCACAGUUUUCUGUCCCAACUGCCCGGCUGGCUGGCUGGCUGCGUGUGCGUCUACAGCCCCCCUCUCUCACAUGCGCACACGCGCUCCCUUCGCAUCUAUCCACACACGCAGAGCUGAUCAGUGCAGCCGGAGCAGAGCCUGGUAAUUGUAUUGCUCCCUCCAAGUGGAAGAAAGGACGGAGAGAGAGAGAGAAAGUGAGAAAGUGGAAGAUCAGAGAAAGAAGAAGAGAAAGAGGAAACAUAUCAAAACUUUGACAUUUUAAGAAAAAAAAAAAAAAAAAAAAAACAUUUUUGCUGUUCUUCAGAGGAGGUUGAUGUGACAAUGACCCGUUAUCGCUGAUGGAGUCGGUAGGACACCCGUUAUCCGAGUGUUUUUUAAUGCACUCUGAACAAGAGUAGGCUGCUUUUACACUCUUAUCAUUCUCUUUCUCCCCCCUGAAACUUCCCGCCACUCAGAAUGAACUUAUCGAAGGGUCCAUUGGUGAACAGCAGCAGUGAAGAAAACUCCAAGUCAACAUAUGUUAAAUGCGGCGCUGGUGCCUGGAGGAUGCACCAGAGCUACGAUUCACUGGAAGCCAACCACAUGAGAGACGCACAUGCCCUCUACAACCCCAGGCUUCUCUGCAGAAUGUCCAGUAAGGAGCGCCACCUAGAGUCGAAUUGUCCGUCUUCUUACAUAAAGACUGAACCAUCAAGUCCUGCCUCUCUGACUGACAGUCUAAACCAUCACUCCCCUGGCGGCUCCAGUGACGCCUCUGGCUCCUACUCAUCCACAAUGAACGGCCACCCCAAUGGCUUGGACUCCCCAAGUCUUUACGGUACCAACACAGGACCCCUGGGACCUGCUGGAGGGCCCGGAUCGAAACGUUAUGAGGACUGUUCAUCAACAAUUGGAGAAGAUUCACAAAUUAAGUGCGAGUACAUGUUGAAUUCCAUGCCGAAGAGGUUGUGUCUGGUGUGCGGGGACAUUGCAUCAGGGUACCAUUAUGGAGUUGCAUCAUGCGAGGCAUGCAAGGCUUUUUUCAAACGCACCAUUCAAGGCAACAUUGAGUACAGCUGUCCCGCCACCAACGAGUGUGAGAUCACCAAGAGGAGACGCAAGUCAUGCCAGGCCUGCCGCUUUAUGAAGUGUCUGACUGUGGGCAUGCUGAGGGAGGGUAAGGGAAAAGGUGUUCGUCUGGACAGGGUUCGUGGUGGAAGGCAGAAAUACAAACGCCGAAUAGAUGCAGACAACAGUCCUUACCUGAACCCACAGCUGGCUUUGCCCCCAAAGAAGCCAUUUGCCUUUGGCUGCCUUGCAGAUAACAAAAUCGUGUCUCACCUGCUGGUGGCUGAGCCAGAAAAGAUUUACGCCAUGCCUGACCCAACAGUACCUGACAGCGACAUCAAGGCCCUCACCACACUGUGUGACCUGGCGGACAGAGAGUUGGUAGUCAACAUUGGCUGGGCCAAACACAUCCCAGGUUUCUCCACACUGUCUUUGGCAGACCAGAUGAGUCUACUGCAGAGUGCAUGGAUGGAGAUAUUGAUUUUGCGUGUUGUGUACCGCUCCCUCUCCUUUGAAGACAAACUGGUUUAUGCUGAGGACUACAUAAUGGAUGAAGACCAGUCAAAACUUGCAGGCCUUCUGGAUCUGAACAACGCCAUUCUUCAGCUGGUCAAGAAAUAUAAGUCUAUGAAGCUGGAGAAGGAAGAAUUUGUGACUCUCAAAGCCAUCGCUCUGGCUAACUCAGACUCCAUGCAUAUUGAGGAUGUAGAUGCAGUAACGAAGCUCCAAGAUGUUCUUCAUGAGGCCCUGCAGGACUAUGAGGCCUCCCAGCACCAGGAGGAUCCCCGCCGGGCUGGCAAAUUGCUUAUGACUCUCCCCUUACUCCGUCAGACCUCAACAAAGGCUGUACAGCAUUUCUACAGUAUCAAGCAGGAUGGGAAGGUCCCAAUGCACAAACUGUUCUUGGAGCUGCUGGAAGCAAAGGUCUGAGUGCUGGAACUGGAUGGAGUGACAAAUAGACAUCAGUCUGACCAAUGUGAGCUUCAAGUUAAACUUUGAUCAACAACUUUGAAUGACCUCUUGUUCUUUUACAUGCAGAUACUCUUAUAUUGCAUACGCAGAAAUACAAACACACACAAAGAAAAAUUCUUAAAGAUUUUGGCUGACACCCCCCCUACAGAAUCAAUCAAACCUAUAUCCCAGAAUGCUAAAGCACUAGUUGAUGACUGAACAGCAUUCAAUGGAAUCUGUUUGGAUGGAGACAGGGACUGAAGUACUCAAACCCUACCCCAUAACCAAUGAAAGACUCGUCAGAACAGGCACUUAUUAAGAUCUAUCAAACAAUUCCCAACAGAAAUCAGUUUUGUGACAGAACUUUUAUGUAUCGAGUUGAAAUGUGAAUCCAAAAUAAUUGAGGACAUAUUACAGACAAUAAAACACUCCAUAUUAGCUCUGGAAAACUCUGACUGUACCUACUUUUUCGUUCCCUACUCCUUUUUCAUUUAAAAUUUUGUUGUUUUUUUAUUUCAAGGACAACUGAGUGGGAAAAAAUCAACACUUACUGAGAUUUUGUUGUAAGUGCAAAUGUACAGAUUAAUUUGGAUGGAUGAACUGAAAGAGGAGAAGAGGAAAUUUCCCCUGCCAAAGAAUGGAACCACCCAUUCAGAGGAUGCCAGCAAGCUUUACAGUCAUAUUACCCCACUGUUCUGGUUUUAGGUGCAUUCCAGUCCUGGUCCUGAUGUAUACUUGUUGCUGGGACCUUGGAUGGAAACAACCAUUGUAACAAUCAGCUCCAUUUUUUCAGUAACACUUGAAAAGUUGCUGCUGUUUUGUGCAGAUGAUUGAUUCUGGUCAACCAAAAAUCUCAGCUGUGUUUGUGUUGUUAAGAAUCUGAAAGUUAUAUUAAAAAGGGCAGGUGUUGUUCUGCAAAACUACAUUUAAUUCUAAACACUUAAAUGUUAUGAUCAACUUUGCAAAUCAAAGCUGUCUUCCUAAAAUAUAUUUUGAACAGUUGACUUUUUCUUUGGUUAUAUAGUGUGUCAUUCACUCCUCUUAUGUUUGGACAUUUGUUUGAGAUAUUUUUACCUGAUUAACAGCCAGGAAUUGAGCUCUCCACAUACAAAGCUUGCACCAGUUUCACUCUCUCAGUUAAAAAUGGUCUGGCCCAAGAUUACCUUCCACACUCCAAAGUCUCACCUCAGCAGAACUCUCCUCACCCUAAAGUGUUCACAACUCCUAUCUACUUUCUUGCAGCAGUGCAGACAGAUUUUUGUGACUCACUCAGGAAUUGUAGCAUAAGAUUCAGUCAAUGAACAAAAUACAAAAAUCAGAAGGAAACGUUUGCCUAAUUAACUAACCUUAAGACAACUGUUGUUGCUUUGAAAUUCUUUUCAUUAAUUUCACUUAAGAAUCAUAAUAACGAUACAAAUUUAGGUGUUGUAAAUAUUAUCUUCAUGUAUAUGACAUAUAAACCAGCUUUGGUUUAUUUUAAAAUUGUCUUCUUAUAACUGAAUAAGUCAAUGUCUUUUCAUUCCAUGAGCCUAACCACUUUCAACAUAUUCACAUAUAUAUAACAAAUAUCACAAGUAAUACUCUAUAAACAAAUCAUUUUCUCUUAAAACACUAAGCAAUAAUGGUUUUUAAUGUAAGGAUUUGGGUAGUUGGAAAGAGCCCACAGUAUUAACUUAUUGUGCCAGUCUGAACUUUGGGAAAGAAUAUGUUAAAAAAUUGCUGCUUCUCUUUAUCUCUGUAUAACUUAUUAGCUGUUUGGAGAAACUCAACCCUAAAUUUGAUGCAGACUGUUAUUUGUAAGCUAGAUCAACCAGGAUAUCCUGGGCAAGAUGCUGGAUUUGGUUUUCGAUUCUACCAGUUUAAUGUUGGUGCAUGCACUAUUCUUUGAAUCUUUUUGGAUAGAUGUCACGAGAUUUAGGCAACAAAGUUUCUUUGAAACUAACAAAUAAAACAUCAGUCUAAAUUUUCAACAUUAGUAGAAAUUAUUUGGAAUCAGCCAAGAAAGUGCAUUAAAUUAAAGUUUGCUUGUUGAAGUAUUGGUGCUAGCAAAAAAGAAACAUCAGUUGGAUUGUGUCAUAUUCAUGUCCACAUCCUAUUCACUCGCUGUCAUAGACUAACAGCAUGGGGGUGGGGUGGGGAGGAUUAAUCCCUUAAAUAGUUGUUUUGCAUAAAACUUCAACUUUAUCCUUUAAGUUGCUGCUAAAUCCUGUUUUGGUAACAAUUAAAAUCUAAAUUGAGGCAUAGUUACGUGAUGGUUAUUGAUAUUUAUAUACAUUUACCUGUGGAAUUUGAACAUUAAGUGAAACUGCUUAACAAGGUCACAAAUACGACGACAUAAAAACCUUGAGACCCUUUUUUACGUUGGAAAGUAGAUUUACUUGGAUUGAAUUAAAAUCUGUGCUAGCUAGCUUCAUUCUUGUAAAGAAAAGUGUAUUACUAUACUAAAAUUCAGUAUAAAUGCAAAUAAACUGAAAGGUAUAGAUGGUUAAAAAUAAUAGGCCUAUAGACAAAAGGGAAUCGGGAGAGUUUAUCAAAUGCGUUUUUACUAAUAUUCAUUGACGUGCCUCCUGUCUGGCUAACCUAAUUAGCUUGUGGCUCAUCCUUUAAAUCUGCCUCAUAACUUGUGUAUAACCUGGACUGUUAAGGCCUUUUAGAAUAGUGAUUUAAGAUGUUUUUUUAUCUAACUAAGCUAUACUGUAGCUUUUGAUGGUUUAAAAUGAGGAAUACAUUUUUACGACAGCAUUUUGUUUACUAUAUAUAAUAUUUUCUUUUUAUCUAAAUUCACUGUUUCUCUUGAAGAAAGUAUUUGAGUAGCAAGGGCAAAAACUGUUUGGUUUUAUUAUAAACUCAUAAAAGAAGGUAUCCUAUUUCAGAUCGGGAACAAGAUGCAUAUCGCGUGGUUAACUAAUCACAGCUUUAAUGGGAAGACAGUUGCCAUUUCCUUAGGAUUAUUUUGUUUUGCUUUUACUGUAUGUAAUUUCUAAAGCCAAAUAAGAAUGCCAAAAUAUUUAUUGUAGAUGACACUGUAAUCUUCUGUAAAAUGGCAACAUUUCACAGCUGAGAAGUGCAGCAGUUUGUGUAGCUCACCUCUAACAACAUGUCCUGUAUCCAUGAUCAGUAUUUUUAGUAAGGGGGAUUUCCUUAACCUUCUUAAACUUGCUGUAUAUUGUAAAUUAUGCAGAUAAUAAUUCUAGCAUUACACAUUUUAUUGUUAAAAAAUGAAGAAAAACUGUGGAAAAAAAAUGUAGUUCAGCUUCUGUGUUUCAUGUUUGCUGUUUUUCCUGUCAAGAAAAAGAGCUCUGUCUUUUAUUUAUUUAGUUUUAAUUUGUAAGUUGUCUCUAAUUUUUCUUUCCUCAUGUGUUGAGAGUCUUCUUAAGACGUUGCUGUGUAAUUUAUCUUGUGGUGAUUUGUGCUGUGUGCUUCUUCUUUAGACAACAGCGCAGAGUAGAGGCCAUGUUGUUUGUCUUUUUGUCCUAUCAAUCCUUUGGGGUCUGGGCACUGGAGUUUCUCAUAAUGAAACAAACAUGACAUAAGGCUUUUUAACUAGGUUACCAGGAUCAAAUUACAGCAUUCAUCUCUACCAAACUACGAAUAAUUUAAUAUCAUGUAUCUAAAUGAAGAAACACAUUAACAAAUAUAAAAAAAAAAAAAAGAAAAAUUUUUGUAACACUCCUGUAGAAUAUACUGCAUAUGUUUAGGAAAAUUAAGCUGAAAUUAAAGGACAUUGGAGUAAUUAAUAGGUAAAACUUUUUUUUUUUUUACAAACACUGUACAUAACUGCCCUAUGUAAAGCUCAGCUCAGUCAUUAUUUUUGCCCUUUCAGAUGAAAAAAGUAACAAAAACCAACAAAAAAAAACUGGAGAAUUUUGUUUUUCCUAAUGAAGAAAUCUUACUACUUCCCCAGACAUCCAUGGCAUUGUGGAGACAUGGUAUAGCCCAAAUUUAAACAGCAAAGGCACAUGUUUAAAAUCACACCAUUACCACUGUUAUAUCAUGUGUUGUUUUAAGACAGUGAAAUUUGCUAAACAUAGACAAAAGACUUGUAAUUAAAGUUCUAUGGUACAAAAGUUGAUUUCCCUGAUUUGUUUGUAAGUUUUAAUAUUCUUGACCACUGUCCCCUUGUCAGGAAAAUUGUGUUAAAUGCAGUCCACUGUACAUUAUUCCACACAGAGUAUGGAGAUAUCUCUUCUGACUAUUGUUUUUUUUUAUUAUUUGUCAAUUGUCUUAAGCAGCCCUUUGAACUCCUGACCUGUUCAACAUGCCGAAGGGUGUUAAAUAGGUGAUAAAGGCUGAACAGAAUCUAUGUGCUUGUACCUGGAAAUGGUUUACACUGGUGACCCUUAUUAUGGCAAAUUAAGAUAACUUGAUCAAACCGAAAGCCACAAUUUGUGGAGUUUAAUAUUUUACCUUAUGCACUUUUUUCUUGUUAGGAUUAUUCUCAAAACAAUGUAUGACAACUUUUCUAAAGUAACAAAUUUUUUUGUGUUGCAUUGUAAAGCCAAACAGUGAUAUGUAUUUUAUUAUUAGGUUUCUGAAUUUAGAUGUAAUCUACAUGAAUUACCAACACCAAAACUGGUAUUUCCACAAAGAGCAGUGGAAGAUGAACUAUCUAGGUUUUUUGUUGGCCUGGUUAUACCAAGAUUUUGACUAGUUUGCACUGUGGGAAACAUCUUGUUCCUCUAAUUGGAUGCUUAGACAAAUUAACCACCAAUACCUUAAUAUUUUAGAAGGGUUACCCUUAAGCAAGGGGGAAACUAAUUGACCCAUAUUGGCAAAUCACAAUUCAUUAUUGAUAUCUUAAAAUCUACAAAGACCAAAAUUUUGUAAUCUAUAGCUCUGCAGUAUUUGUCAUUUAGAUAUAUUUAAUCCCAAGAAAUGUAACUGCCACUUGUGCUACAACAUAUUUCCAGUCUGAAUUAGCAAAAGUGAGAACAUUUAAGGGAGAGAGAAACUUUGGGGAAAAUAGUUGAUUUUCAAGCAUGCAAGGCACUUGAAUGGAGGAGAAAAAUUCCUGAUAAAGACCUUCUACUAUUACUGAGAACAUGUUUGUAGAUUUUAGAUGUGUUUCACAUCAAUAAAUAGAAGGGGGGAAAAGAAGACCAAUAACCUGUAUAUUUUUUGUGACGUGUAUCAUACGAUUGUGCUCCAACAAUAAUGUCCAUUUGUGUAAAUGUAUUUAUUUCACAUUGUAUAUAUUGUUCAUUGCAAAAAGAGAGACCUAUGAUUCUGUAACUUAAACUAUUAUGGGUUUAAACAUUACAUGUGUUACUCCAAACUAUGCCUUUCAGGAUUAUUAUUGUAGAGCAAUAUCAAUUAAAACCAGGCUUCCAGUUUUGAAAA